AUGAGUACCGUUCGUCUGAGUUUCGUGUCGGUCGGGAGAAUAGCUGUUAGGAGAAAUUCGCAGUUGACAUCGGGUGCGGCUCAAACAUGCCGCAGUCUGCGACGCUCCGGCCCACGUUCGCUUAGCACAUGCGCGGUUCUAUGCAAAGGGCCCACAGAGCAUCCUCCGGGGACACAGCAUACUGGGAAAGAAGCGUCUACUGCUGGUGGCGCAGGUGGAAAGAAAUCUGGCAGCGGUGUGCUGACGUGCCCCAAGUGCGGAGACCCGUGCACUCACGUGGAGACUUUCGUCAGCUCCACGCGCUUCGUCAAAUGCGAUAAAUGCCACCAUUUCUUCGUCGUGCUCAGUGAGGUCGACACCAAAAAGAGCAUCAAAGACAAUGCGGAAGCCAAGAACGGCUUUUACAGAAAACCUCCCCCUCCGCCGAAGAAGAUUUUUGAAUACCUGAACAAGCAUGUGGUGGGUCAGGAGUUCGCGAAGAAGGUGCUCUCUGUGGCCGUGUACAACCACUACAAGAGGAUCUACAACAACGUCACGAGCAACGCAACUGCGGACACGCAUCACCCACUGCACCAUGCACACAAAGAUCUACUCCACUUGAGCCAUAGCAGCGCUGAUAAGAGCAACGUUCUGUUACUGGGACCCACCGGCAGUGGAAAGACACUGCUCGCGCAAACAAUAGCGACGUGCCUGGACGUUCCCUUUGCGAUCUGUGAUUGUACGACGCUCACGCAGGCCGGAUACGUCGGAGAGGACAUUGAGAGUGUCAUCGCCAAACUGUUGCAGGACGCCAAUUUCAAUGUCGAACGCGCCCAAACCGGUAUCGUGUUCCUUGACGAGGUUGAUAAGAUUGGAGCAGUACCAGGGAUACAUCAGCUGAGAGAUGUCGGAGGCGAAGGCGUGCAACAGGGUAUGCUUAAGAUGCUGGAAGGGUGUGUGGUGUCAGUACCCGAGCGCAACUCUAGAAAGCUGCGAGGUGAUGCUGUACAAGUCGACACAACCAACAUCCUCUUCGUCGCUAGUGGCGCUUACAAUGGCCUUGAUAGGCUGAUCCAGCGUCGCAACAACGAGAAAUAUCUCGGCUUCGGCGCGUGGGAUCCGAAGUCGGGACGGCGCGCAGCCUUCGCCGCAGCUGCCGCGGACGCGUCGCCCCUCGACACGGCGCGAGACGAGUGCGAGGAGAGAGAUGCCUGGCUCAGAAAGGUGCAGGCGAGAGACCUCAUCGACUUCGGCAUGAUACCGGAAUUCGUCGGUCGGUUUCCUGUUCUGGUACCCUUCCACAGUCUCAACCAGGAUCUCUUAGUGCGAAUACUCACAGAACCGAAGAACGCUAUUGUCGCCCAGUAUAAGCUACUGUUCGCGAUGGACAAGUGCGAGUUGUCGUUUAGCGACGAUGCGUUGAGAGCGGUCGCCUCGCUCGCAAUGGAAAGGAAGACAGGCGCUCGAGGUCUCAGGGCUAUUAUGGAAAAUCUACUACUUGAGGUGAUGUUCGAGAUCCCAGGGUCAGAUAUCACAUCGGUCCACAUCCACGAGGGCUGCGUGCGUCGCGCGGAACCACCCCGCCUCACAAGGAGACACGCAGACGCCGACGUCCACCAUUGGCCCUCGGAAUUUAAAGCGGAACCAGAACCAUCAGUAAACCAGUACGCGCUCUGA